AGGAUGAUUUCAGGUUAGAUUUGAAAUCUUGGAAUGAAGACAGUUGGAAGAAGGAUAAAGGUUUUUGGGCUAGACUAUUGAAGAGAGAUGGGGAGAUUACCAUUAAGCGGCUGAUGGAUGUGCACCUAGUAGAAGCUCCCAAGUGGGAACCUGAUGACAAGCUAAGAUUUGUAUAUGUGUGCGUCAUAGCUGGUUUGGUAAUGGCUAAGGACGAGAAGAAAAAGAUCCCUCUCUCAUACAUCAAGUUGGUGAUGGAUCUUGAUAAGUUGAGAGCUUAUCCUUGGGGUUUGCAUUCUUUUGACUACCUUGUGACCUCGAUCAUGGACACAAGAAAGGAGUUGAAGAAGACCAACAGUUAUAUUCUUAAUGGCUUCUCCUUUGCACUUCAAGUAUGGGUUAUGGAAGCAAUUCCAGUGGUUGGAGAGUUGUUGGGAGAAAAGAUCAACAAGGAAUUCACAAACGGUGCUAGAUGUUAUAACUGGAAGGGAGCUGCAAAAGUGUCUUAUCAAGACAUUAUCAUCAUAGAGCAAUCGUUUGGACCAAAGGAUAUCGUCUAUCCAUACAUCUCGAGGUCAGGAAAUUUUGACAUAAUCGAUGAUAUAGAGUUUUUUAGGCAUGAUGAGAUCGAUGAUGUGGGAGUCAAAAACGUAAACGACUUGGUGCGAUCUGGUUACGAUUUUAGAGACCAUGAGUGGGGUCAUGUUGAAUCUAAUGAUGUUGAAGAAGAGAAGAUAGAGGAGGUUGUAAACGAAGAUGAUCAUGUUGAAAAGGAAAGUGAUGGAGACAAUCAAUUGUCUGGGUUGGAGAGUAGCGAGAAGAAGGAAGAUGUAAAUGUGGGAGCAUCAAGCACGAAGAAGAGAAAGACGAAGCAGAUUGAUCAUGGUGCAGAGAGUCGAAAAAUGCAACUCCUAUGUCAGCGAGCCGCAACGUCGUUCACUCAUGGUUUUGAUGAAGAAAUAAAGUCAUUCAUUAAAGGUAUGUUUGAAGCUUCUUUCAAGCCUUUUAAGGAAGAAAUAAGCCAGCGAUUGAAGAAGGUGGAGGAGGAUGUAUCAGAAGUGAAGGAGAUACUAUCGACUAUAGCAUCAACUUCGACACAAGCCACACCAUCAUCCUUUAAACCAAAAGAUGUGGGGAAAUCACCAUCCGUUCAACCAAAGAGUUUGGAAGAUAACUUUCUUUUCGAUGAUUUGUUCACCAAAUCGGGGGCCAUAGACCUUAAUAUUGAAAGUCAGGAUUUAUUGGGCACUCAAGAUUUCUUAGCGAAAACAAUAGGACAUCUUUCGCAAAAACCAUGUGUACCUGGAGUUGAUCCUCCAAUAGAUGCGGGAAAGUAUGACGAGGAUGCUGAUUUGGUUUUCGUUUCCGAAGUUAGAUGGAAUGCUUUGGAAGCAUGACAAAGGAAUCAUAGUUACGAGCAACUUAAGUUGGGUCCAUCGGUAAUUAAUCAUGAAGUGCUCGACCGUGUCAUUACUCACUACAAGUGGCUGCACAAUCAAGAAAUGGAUGCGAUGAUGUAUUUAUUCCGGGAGAAAACAUCUUUAGGUCAAAUGAAGUCAGACCGUGUUGGUUUCAUGAAUUGCAUGUUCAGUGAGAGAAUCAAAGUGGAAUACACCAAGUACUUGAAGACAAAGCGGCAGCACAAAUGGGAUAGUAGACUUCUCGAGUAUGCUAAUGGUGAGUUUCCUUCUCACGGAAAGAUAGGAAAACAAUGGGGUACAGAUGUUGACAGGAUAUACGCUCCGAUUUGCGUCAACAGCAACCACUGGAUUUCUGUUUUCGUUAACUUCGUCUUAAGAACUGUUGAAGUCUUCGACUGUGCUGGACACAAGAAUAGAAGGUAUGUCUAGUGUUUCGCAACGUGCGUCCCAAGGAUUUUGAAAGAAAUUAAUGCAAAGGUGAAUGGAAAAGCAUCUCUUUUGACACCAUAUGAAAUCAUAGACAUGAAGAUGCUAUCCGAUUUGAAUAAGUCGCAUAGCGAUUGCGGGGUCUAUGCAUUGAAAUACAUUGAGUGUCAUAUGCAAUCUCUAAGUUUGGAUUUGAUGAGCGAUGAGAA